GUGGGUUAAGCACGACAUGAAAGUGGGUAUACUAGUUGUGCUAGUGUGCGUGGUUGGUGCCGAGUCAAAUUUCUUGGAUGAUUUAGUAGUACAUUUAGAAAAUGCUUGGAUUGGUUUCAAAAAUUUCAUCAAAAGACCUCCCAGGUCCAAACGAAUACAUGAACACGGUUCAACAACGGCUUCAACUUCUACAACCUUUGGGUGGUUUAGCACAUCUACAUCUACAGUUUUAACUAAAACGACUACAUAUCAAACCGAGCUACCACAAAUUGUUGAAACGCGCUCAAUACCAACCACAACGCCGGCCAUGACCGAAAUUAUCACUGCACAGAAUACCAUGCCACCAGACAUGUUAUAUUACUUUCAACGCCCUAAACACAAGCAGGUCCUCUUGCCGUUCUUCCCUACUCCAAAAUGGCGGACGAGAGACCACUGGAACUGGAACCGAAUACAACAGCAAAAUUCAGAUUUCUUGUUCUGGAGAGAUGAGUCUUUAGGAGGCAGAGCUGAGAGAGGCUUUGCUGGUGACGAUGACGUGACCACGGCUCAGCAGCUGAACCAGCCUACCGACGAGGGAAUUGGCGUAAUGAUGUUCAUAUAGAGUGUUAAUAAGUUUGUUAAGUCUGUUGUUGGUGUGUAGAACCAACCAACGGGACCCUUAGGCCACCAUGUAACCACUUAACCAGUGUACAGUGGUUUAUACUGUGUAAGUAAGUAAUCCAACUUCGAACAAGAAAAUGAGGGGAUCAUGGGUAAAAACUAGAGAUGCAACGGAUAGUUGAUUGGCCGGAUACCGGAUAUUCGGUCUUAUCCUCGGCCGGCGGAACUAUACCUACAAUUCGGUUUUUCAGGUGCGCAUUGUGCAGGUUUUGACCUGUUUCGUAGUGAUCUAUCGCGCGGACUCAUUUCUAGGUUCGAAAUGAGUGCGCGUGCAAGUGAAUGGAAUUUUUAAAUUAUAAAUGAGUACGAUCAUGAUCUGACUGUUUCUUAAAACCAAUUUGUGUACUCCGAAAUCAAGCAAAGUUACUAUCCGGUGUCCGGCCGGAUAG